AUGGGUUUUGUAAAGGUAUCUCGUAACUUCCGGCGCCCUUCUUAUCUCCUAGACAGUCUGCGUAACUUCUAUUCCCUCGCCGUCAAAAAUGCGUUUCCGUCACAUGACGGAUGUGUUAACACUAUAAAAUGGGACAAUUCAGGCCAAUUUAUCCUGUCUGGAGGUGAUGACCGCUGUGUCGCAAUUACCGACGUCUUUUCAAAUGCCCCUGAUAACGUCGUCUUUCGCUUUCGUUGUGGAUGUGUAAUGCGUGUUUCUGUCAGUGGUGGGACUAGUCUUACCGACGGUCAACUCUUUUUCUCUCACAAGAUGCCCGUCUAUGACAUAUUGACACUUCAAGACCACCAGCACUGUAUAAUUACGCUAUCUCAUGACCAUACUGUUCGUCUGUGGGAUACACGACUACCCCAUUGUAUUGGUCGCGAUAUGCAGCUUUGUGGUCGAACGUGUUUCUUCAGCACAAUCAACUCUGCAACUUCAGCCCACUCCAAACUGCCUCAGAUCGCCCCAACCAUGCGAUUCGAAUUUCCCGUCACUGCUGGUGACGUUCAUCCUCUUGACGGCUCGCGAGCCAUUGCCCUAGCCAGUGCUGAUGGCUUUGUGCGGUUGUUUGAUCUUCGGCGCCUGUGUUCUCCAUCGAUGGACACUCUAGCAACGGGUUCCAAGCAGGCAGCGCCACAUCCCUACCAGAUUGUUCGUCCCCUGGGUCUAGCUAGUCAUUCAAAUUUCUCUCAUGAAAUUCGCCUCGACUAUGGGCCGCUAUUUAUCACCUCAGUGUGCUUUGAACCGCUUCAUACCUCUCUUAACCUGAGCCUGCAACAACAGCUUCGACAUCGUCGAUUCAAGUCGCAGUAUCCUGGACGGCGAAUGCUUGUCAGUCAUAUGUACUCCUCUGUCUUCCUCUUCGACCUCAACAAACUAGAGGAGAAAAUUGAGGAAUUUUCGCACUCUACUGACCAUUUGUUAUCAUCGGCUAGACAGAAGGAGGAAAGGGUGGAGGCAGAAGGAAGUACUGCUCAGCCAUCGGGAGACGCUGAAAGUUCUGAAAACGUCGAGCCACGUGCAGCCAGUGUUAUUUUUGCAAUGCUUCUUGCCGGGGCUGUGGAACGAAGGCGUGCAAUGUCGAUGAAUCACAACAACAAUUCGGAUCCGGAACGCCGUUCUCAUGAAACAGAGAGCUCCACUGACAAUGCUCAUGACACCUCGUCUCGUCAUUCUUCAUCCAGAGAUUCCACCAUUGAGGAGGCAGGUGAGAGUUCGGCUAAGGAAUUGGAGUUCGCCUCAGACGAGAUGAUCGCUCGCGUUCUUGCCUCCUGUCCACGAGCACGACAAAUAGCCUCCUAUGCUGGGCAGCGAUCAUUCCGCACUGUGAUCAAGGACGCGUGUUUCUGGGGUGAAGACUUCAUAAUCAGUGGUUCGGAGUGCGGUCAUGUGCUGGCGUGGGAUCGGGCAACGGGAGAGCCCGUGAAUUCUAUCAAAGCAGACACCGUGGUGAAUCGUCUUCAGCCUCAUCCCUUUCUUCCCUAUCUUGCAGUAAGCGGCGUGGAUUACAGCAUUAAGCUUCUCCAACCGACGCCUCUUCCUUUGGACGAGACGGAGGAUGAUUUCGUCCAUCGCAUUAAAAAACGCAAAGCCGAUGCGGCUGAGGGACAGUCGCCUCCAAUUACGUAUUGCAAGCCUUCCUUUAAGGCCGGUUUCGAUUUGUUGAAGCUUGACCUUUUCGCCGGUGGCUGUUGCACAGAACUCGAAUUUGCGGGUUUGCUGGAAGGUGCAGUGUUCAAAAACCUCUCUGUACUGAGCCUACAGACUCAGCUGUUAAGGCCAGUGGCGCGUCUAUUUCUGCUACAGCUGGCUGAAAGGCAAACCGGAAGUGGUUCAACAACAGCAGCUGAACAAGAUGUGGAUAAUGCUGACGAUGAUCGCGAUGAUGAUGAUGAUGAUGACGGCAGUGACGACCGGGACUCACCUGAUUGA